AUGGUAAGGGCUACGGAUUCGCCUUUCACCGCAGCGGUACUUGAAUUCCCUGUACCGUCAAAGUUUCGCUUACAUCAACUUGAGCCAUUCGACGGACUCAAAAACCCUCAGGAUCAUCUUAAUACCUUUAAGACGACUCUAGGUCUUCAACAACUGCCUGAUGAGAUACUGUGUCGUUCCUUCCCCACCACUCUCAAAGGAGCUGCAAGAGAAUGGUUCACGAAGUUGCCAACCUCGUCCAUAGACAACUUCGAUCAAUUAAGUAGUGCCUUCCUGCGCCAUUUCAUAGGGGGGCAACGUCCAAAAAGGCCAGUAGACUACUUACUCACCAUAAGACAGGGAGAGAAGAAAAUUCUGAGGUCGUAUGUCAAGCGAUUCACCCGGAAGACUCUGGAGGUGGACGAAGCCAAUGACAAGGUGCAGCUGACGACCUUCAAGGCGGGACUGAGGUCUAGAGAUCUCGUGGCCUCCCUCGCAAAAAACCCACCAAAGACGAUGGCGGAAAUGCUCCUGAAGGCACAGAAGUACAUGAAUGCUGAAGAUGCUUUAGCUGCCAUAAAGGAUACCGAAAAGCCAGGCGACAAGGCCAAGAGGGAAGACGAUCGUAGGGGGCAGAAGAGAGAUCGACCAGAUCGUCGAAACAAUGACGGGAACAGGAGGAAAGAUGAUAAAAGUCCUCGGACGAACAAGUACUACCGGUUCCACAAAGAUCACGGCCACAACACGGAAGAUUGCAUAGACCUAAAGGAGCAAAUAGAGGAGUUAAUACGGAAAGGGAAGUUACAGAAAUAUGUGAAGAAAGGAAAGUAUAGCAAGUUCAGGGACGACAAUAAAAUCCAGCAUGAAUCCUUUUCCCGGGAUGACGACCGACCGUCCCAGCCUCCAAACAAGGUGAUCGGGGAGAUAAAUACGAUUACAGGAGGGCCGUUUUCAGGAGAAUCAUUUAAAUCACUCAAGAAGGCAUACCAAAGGCAGUUAAACAGUUUCCACGCCGUACCCCCGUCUAAGCACAGACGAACAUACCAGGACAUAUCCUUCAUUGAAGGAGACGCCAUGGGAGUGAAGCAGCCCCACAAUGAUCCCUUGGUCAUAAUGCUGAAUAUAGAAGGGUUCAAUAACAAGAGGAUCCUCGUCGACAAUGGUAGCUCCGUAGACAUCAUUUACCUCCCAGCCUUCCAGCAGCUGAAACUAGAUCCUAAAAGACUGCGCCUUUUUGACUCUCCACUCGUCAACUUUAGCGGAGACAGGGUCUACCCCAGGGGUGUAGUGACAUUGACGGUGACGGCGGGGGCCUACCCAGUGCAGUUGACACGUCAAGUAGACUUCUUGGUGGUAGAUUGUCCCUCAUCUUACAAUGUCAUCAUUGGGAGGCCCACACUCAAUAGGUGGAAGGCAGCGACGUCAACCUACUGUUUGAAGGUAAAAUUCCCAACAGAUAAUGGCGUCGGUGAAGUGAAAGGAGAUCAAGUCCUGGCAAGAGAAUGCUAUUAA